AUGUCGAUCUUCGCUCCCCGCUCAUCCGUCUACGAGCCCAGCUACAGCGGGCUCUUCCGUCUCAUCGACGACUUCAACAACUAUGCCGUCGAGGCCAGCAACAACAACAACUCCUCUGACGCUGCAACAACAACCAAGCGCGGCCGCUCCGGCCUCAUCUCAGACAUUGUGAGCUGGACGCCCAAGUUUGACCUGCAGGAGACGCCCAACACGUACAUCCUGCAUGGCGAAUUCCCGGGCAUGGACAAGAAGGACAUCAACAUCGAGUUCACCGACGACCAGACGGUGACCAUCCGCGGCCGCAGCGAGCGCUCGCACACGCACGAGGAGCCCGCCGAAGAUGACGAUGGCGAUGCAGUCGUUGUGCCGUCCUCGGGCGACAAGAAGAGCGGCAAGGAAGCUGCCGACAAGAAGUCGGACGACAACAAGGACAAGCAGGUCGACAAGAGCAAGGAGGGUCAGCAGCACAAAGUCAAGUACUGGGUUUCGGAGCGCAGCUUUGGCGAGUUCUCGCGCUCCUUUAACUUCCCUACCCGCAUCGAUGCGGGUGGUGUCGUGGCCAAGUUGGACAAUGGCGUGCUGAACAUUGUCGUCCCGAAGAUGACCAAGCCGCAGGUGAUCCUCGCCCACCUGCCGAAUUCGUCAUUUUCAGCACAGUUUGCACCAUUCAGGGACCGCGCUCUGUGGUUACAUCGCUCGACCGAGUGCCUGUCAAGCCUGUUGAGUAUGCCCUCCAUCAAGAGGGUGGCCGUCAUCGGCGCCGGUCCAUCCGGCGCUAUAACCCUAGAUGCACUAGCCAAAGAGCAGGCUUUUGAUGUCAUUCGAGUGUUUGAGCGCAGAGAAGGCCCUGGAGGAUGCUGGAUCGGGGACUCGGCGGAACCUCCGCACCUGUCUGAUUUCAAGCGCCUCGCGGACCGGACGGCAGACUUUCCGGUUCCGAUCCCGGAGCAACUCCCAGCAUCCGGCGUCACGACCCCCACGCAGCCGCGCUUCGCCGACUCGUCCAUCUACCCGUACCUGGAGACCAACGUGCAGGACCUGUCCAUGCAGUUCUCGCAAGAGCCGAUCCCGGCCGACAGGAGCGAGCUUUCCGUCUCACUCUACGGCCCAUCCACGCCGUUUCGUCACUGGGAGGUGCUGAGGCGGUACGUCGGUGAUGUCAUCCAGGCCACCCCGGGCCACGGCGAUGUUGUUUCUUACGACACGACCGUCGAGCUGGUCGAGAAGGUCGGUGACGAGUGGCGGGUGGUCCUACGCAGGCCGGACGGGCGCGGAGGCGAUCGCUGGUGGAACGAGACGUUCGACGCCGUGGUCGUCGCGAACGGCCACUACAAUGUGCCGUACGUCCCUGACGUCGAGGGGUUGGAGGAGAUGCAGCGGGCCAUGCCGGGAAGUGUUUUGCACAGCAAAUACUUCCGGGGUAGGGAUCAGUUCAAAGACAAGCGAGUUGUGGUGGUGGGCGCAUCUGUGUCGGCCGCUGACAUUGCGUUUGACAUUGUCAAAGUUGCAAAAUCCCCCGUGCACGCAGUCGUUUUGGGUCACACCGCCAACGCAUAUUUUGGCGACGAGGCAUUCCGCCACCCAAAAGUACAGAUGCAGCCUUCGAUAGCCAGAAUCGAUGUACCACCCGGUGGUAAGGGUGCCACUGUGUACUUUGUCGACGGCACGUCAGCCAGCGGGGUCGAUUAUUUGAUUUUUGGCACCGGAUAUAGCUGGACGUUGCCGUUUCUCCCGCAAAUCCAACCCAGAAAGAACCGCGUACCGGGGUUGUAUCACCACGUUGUUUGGCAACAGGAUCCGACUCUGCUGUUCGUCGGGGCGGUGGGAGCGGGCUUGACAUUUAAAAUAUUCGAGUGGCAGGCCGUUCUGGCGGCUCGGAUCCUGGCCGGGAGAACCUCGAGGGCGCUGCCGUCGCUUGCCGAGAUGCAGAGGUGGGAAGCCGACCGCAUUGCUGAAACUGGCGAUGGACCCAAGUUCACCGUCAUCCACCCGCACUUUGAAGAGUAUUUUGAGACUCUGAGAGAAUUGGCCGGAGACGGUAAACCAGGGUUAGGUAGGAAACUGCCAAAGUUCGACCCGAAGUGGCUAGAUGCAUUCAUGGACGGACAUGAGUUGAGGAAAGGGAUGUGGAAGCGGAUCAAUGACCAGGCUAGAGAUGAAAGCAGACCGAUACCACAUCUGUAA